AUGGCUGGCUUCCUUGACUACGCCGGGGAGUCGGAGAAGCGGAUCCAUCCAACGCUAAACCUGUCGUACGACUUGAGCGCUGGGUCUGGUGCCUUUGGGAUCGGCUGGGAUGUUAAUAUUGGCUCCGUCACAAGAAACACGGUGAAGCAUGUGCCGACGUGCGAUGAUGAGAUUGGUACCUUUAUCCUCUCUACCGCCGACGAAUUGGUCCCGGAUGCGAAGACGCCCCUGCGCACGCUAGAGAGAUACGUUGUCACCACGUUCCUCCCGCGUGUCAGGAGCAAGGUUUCUAUCAUUGAGCGCUGGACCAGCAUCACAGAUCCCGGCGACGUGUACUAG